AUGGAGGAUGGCUCUGCGCCUGAACAACCUACCACGCACAUCGGAAGCUACAACGAGAAAGAGAAGGAUUUGGAAAUAGGUCCAACUGGAUCAAUCCACGAAAGCACGGAGGACUCCAAUUCUAUUCAUUCACACGCCUCGACGGCUCCGACUAUUCCUCAGGAAGAGAAGAAUGUACGCCCUGCCAUACUGUGUACGACCACGUCUGUUGUCCCGGAAGCUGUCGUUGUGCCCCGUGCAGAAUGCCGUGGUCUACUGGCACGAUUCGCCCUCAUUCCUGAAGUUCAGAAUCCCUAUCACUAUUCGCGAAAGACGAAAUGGCUUCUGACAUUCAUCGUUGCGUUUUGCGCCAUGGCUGGGCCUAUGGGAAGUGCCAUUGUCAUGCCUGUGCUGCAAGACAUCUCCAAGGCCUUCAACGCGAGGCAUGAGAUCACCAACAUGAGUGUUGCGGUAUACAUGCUCAGUAUGGCAAUAUUCCCUCUGUGGUGGUCGAGCUUCAGUGAGCGUCUUGGGCGACGAACGAUCUACAUCAUCAGCUUCGUCCUGUUCGUUGUCUUCGGCAUAUUGUCUGCCGUUUCCACCAAUAUCGCCAUGCUCAUCGUCAUGCGAGUCUUCUCGGGCGGUGCAGCAGCCUCGGUGCAGGCAGUGGGUGCAGGAACUAUUGCAGACAUUUGGGAAGUGCGUGAGCGAGGCAAUGCGAUGGGUAUCUUCUACCUUGGACCUCUUUGCGGGCCGCUCUUUGCUCCUAUUAUUGGUGGCGCGCUUGGUCAAGGGCUCGGGUGGAGAAGCACACAGUGGUUCUUGGUCAUCUAUGGUGUUCUGACAGUCAUCGCCAUCAUCUUCGCGCUGCCGGAAACACUCGCAAAGCCGCUUAUCACGAAGCCGGAAGCCAGACCAGAGCUCAUUCGAACAACGACGCGCGCAUCCACUGUCGCGAAGACAAAGUCGAUCCUUACGCAUCUCAACCAGAUCUUCGUACAACCUCUCACUAUCCUCGCCUGGCUGCGCUAUCCGCCUGUUCUACUGUCCGUGUACUAUGCUAGCAUCACUUUUGGUGCCUUGUACAUCCUUAACAUCUCUGUUCAGGCCACUUUCUCAGCGCAGCCUUACGGAUUCUCUACACUCAUUGUUGGACUGCUGUACAUUCCGAACAGUGCUGGCUAUCUCUUGGCUAGUAUCUUUGGUGGCCGCUGGCUUGACAACAUCAUGCACCGCGAAGCCCGAAAAGCUGGCAGGUACGAUGAGAAGGGCAAGUUGGUACUCAGACCAGAAGAUCGCAUGCAAGAGAAUGCGUGGAUAGCGGCAAUCCUGUGGCCUGGUGCGCUGAUAUGGUACGGAUGGACGGCGGAGAAGGGAGUGUUGUGGAUCUGUCCGAUGGUUGCGAACUUCUUCUUCGGUGUCGGAUCGAUGCUGAUCUUCUCCCUUGUCUCCACGAUGCUUACCGAGUUCAUGCCAAAGCGUGCUGCUUCUGGCAUCGCGCUGAACAACUUCCUGCGCAACAUUUGCUCUUUCACCGGCGCCAUGGUCGCUGAACCUAUACUAAGCGCUAUUGGCAAUGGCUGGCUCAUGACGAUCCUGGGCCUCUGGAGCAUUAUCACAGGCUUCAUGGCGCUGGGCGCGAUGAGAAAGUGGGGCGCGCAAUGGCGAGUGAAGAUGGUUGAGGAGCUGGGUUGA